UCGCGCCUGCUUGCAAACGCGCCGCGCAAGACGCAGGAGGCGGAGAGCCAGCGCGGGGCAUGCUUGGCGCGGGGCGCGCUCCUCUUGCUCGUCCCGAGACACAGCAGCUGCGGAGGGAGCCGGAGGGGCAGAGUCCGUCCCCGGGGCAAGAGUUUGGCUGCGGAAGCCCCUCGGUGGGGAAGUAGAGAGAAAAAGAAAGAAAGAGAGCCUCAAGCUCGGUGGUGCCUCUUGUUUCAAAGUGUUCAAAGAGAGAAGCGCCGAGAGGAUAGAAGCGCUCCAAGUUCCCUGUUCUGUUACCCUGCUUUCCAUUCCUUCGCUUUUCAUUGGCUCUUCAAUAAGAGUUCCUGGAUUUACUGCCUAACAGGGGUGAGGAGGAAAACAGAGAAUAGAUCUUUUGGAAGGAUUCCUGAGCUCCCGUUUUGUUUUGUUUCCCUCCCUAUUUUUUUUAAAUCUUAAGAUGUAUAUCUAUUUUCCACCCCUUCUUCUCCUCACACCCCCACUUCCCCCGGAUUGAUGCAUCUCAGAACUGGGAGUUGCAGAACCAGGAAGGAAGACUGCUGAGCUCGGCACAAAGCGCGCACCUUCGGGGUGGGGUGUGAACCACGUUUGCGCGCAGCUCUGGAGUCCACGGAAGAGGAGACCCAGAAAGGCGCUCGAGGCGGGGGUGGGGUGUUGCUCGGGCAGGCAGGCGAAGCGCCCGCCCGUGGCACUAGCUGUUCUUUGCUAUUCGUCGACAGGAUGGAUCCUGCAAGCAACAGUAUCUGACACUCUUGGCCAACAGUAGGUAUAGUGAAAUGAAUAAAUUGGUGAAAUUGGUGAAGAUGCUAAAGCAAACAUAUUUGGGGGCACUAUCCGUGGUGCUGAUUCUCUCUCUAGGACUUCCGGAAACUACACUUGCUUGUCCUCAUCCAUGUGCCUGUUAUGUUCCCACUGAAGUUCACUGCACAUUUCGGUCCUUAGCAGCUGUGCCAACAAGAAUCUCUAAACAUGUGGAACGAAUCAAUUUGGGGUUUAACAGCAUACAGGCAAUAUCUGGAAACUCAUUUGCAGGCCUUGCAAAACUGGAACUGCUCAUGCUUCAUGGGAAUGACAUCCAAAACAUACCUAACGGAGCCUUAAAAGAUCUGACAUCGCUACAGGUGUUCAAAAUAAGCUACAACAAGCUGCAGGUUAUAACUGGUCAAACCCUCCAAGGGCUUUCCAGCCUUAUGAGAUUGCACAUGGACCACAACCGAAUUGAAUUCAUCCACCCAAAUGCUUUUAAUGGAUUAACUUCCCUCAGACUUCUCCAUUUGGAAGGAAACUUGCUCCAACAGCUUCACCCCAACACGUUUUCUACAUUUUUGGUCCUUGAUUAUUUCAGGCUGUCGACAAUAAAGCACCUCUACUUGUCUGAAAAUGCCAUUAGAACACUGCCUAUGGGCAUUUUUCAAAAAAUGCCACUCCUAGAGAAUGUUUAUCUUCAUGGGAACCCCUGGUCUUGUGACUGCAGGUUGAAAUGGUUCCUUGAAUGGAAUCAGAAGUUUUCAGCUGUUUUAAAGUGUAAAAAAGACAAAGCCUAUGAAGAAGGCCAGCUUUGCCCUAAGUGCACCUUCCCGAAGCAAUUCCAGAAACAAGACAUUCAAAAUGUGAAAAAUGUUUCCUGCUCAAAGCCUAUCAUACAGUCUCCGCUAAAACAGAGCAUUGGCCUCAAGGAGGAGGAGGAGGAAGAAGAAGAUGAUGUCUCUGAGCUUCCCAUGGAAGAAUUUCAGCUGUCUCCAUGGAACAUUACUUUGAACCUGACAGAUGAGCAUGGCAACAUAGUGAAUCUGAAGUGUGAAAUCAAGAAGCCAACAAACACCACCCAAAUUCAGUGGAGCCAGAACUCGCCUCAAGAAAUUGAAAUCAACGCAACCAUUUCCUUGGAUCUGGAAUGCCCAAUGAACCGAGACAACUAUGAAAAAUUGUGGAAGCUCAUUGCUUAUUAUAGCGAAGUGCCUGUCAAGUUAGAAAGGGAGCAUGUGCUCAGCCAUGAACCCAAAUUAAGCUAUCAUUACAAGCAAGGUUCUGAUUAUGAUGCUCUUUACUACACAGGUGUCAAAGGGAGAAUCCUAGCUGAGCCUUCCUGGGUGAUGCAGCCGCUGAUCCAUAUCCAAUUGAACAGGCGCCAGAGCACAGGGGAAAAAGUAGUGCUCUCUUUUUCUACCCAAAUUUCUCAAACACUUCAGAUUCAAGAAAACAGACAGCAGAGAAGCAGCUGGGUUAUGAUAGAGCAAGACCAGCACACAAAGGCAGCUCAGAGUGUAGUGGAAGGUUCGGAUGCUCAGCUGAGUUGCAAUGUGAAAGCAUCAGAAAGCCCCUCCAUCGUGUGGAUGCUUCCGGAUGGGACUAAACUAAAAGCUCCAUUCAGAAUGGAAGACAGCCGGUUUUCUGUCCUCAGCAGCGGUCAGUUAGUCAUCAAAUCCGUGGCCUAUGCUGAUUCUGGUGUGUACCACUGUGUUGCUCAAGUGAGGAGUGAUGCAGACACAAUGGCCUACAGACUUCUGGUACAACCCCCAGUCAUCCAGCCAGCUGACUCUGAGACGAUGAAAAUUGAAAAAAAUGUGGGGGAUUCCAUACUUCUACCCUGCAGUGCAGUGGCUGUACCAGAUGCGCACGUAAGCUGGAUACUCCCAAGCAGCCAUGUCCUUCAUGAUUUAUCAAACUCAUCCAAUGAGUACCUGUUAGACAAUGGCACCCUCUUGAUUCCACGCAGCCAUGUCAGUGACAGUGGGUACUACAGGUGUGUGGCUAUAAACCAACAAGGAUCAGAUCAAUUUGCUGUUAAAGUCACAGUAAAUAAAAUGGUCUCUGACAGAUCCUCACAGAGGGUGAAACUAAAGAAACGCCUUGGUUCAAGAACCUCCGUAAAAGCAAAGGGGCGGGUCAUAGAAGAUGAUGAGGGAUCAGGUGUUGAAGAGGCCCGUGAUACUCGGAGCAAAAAAAUCCACCUGAAGGACCGUGAAGUGCCCCUUAAAGAAAAGAAUGGCAAUGUUCCUCAGGUUCAGGAUAAGAGGAACAAAAAGGGAAAGCACAAAAUGAAAUUAUGGAAAGGCAUGGACAGGACUGAAGAGAUCAAUGUUGCAGAGGGCCGUAGGGUAUUUGAAUCCCGAAGGAGAAUCAAUAUGGCCAACAAACAAAUUAAUCCGCAGCACUGGGCCAACAUUUUGGCAAAAGUCCGUGGGAAAAAUUUCCCUAGAACAACAAUGGUACCAGGCGCUUCCUUCAGGACUACAACAGAGACACCAUCCAUGCACCAAACCACCAGCGCUCCUCCCAUUAUCAGCCCUCCACCAAACACUGCCGUGGAAGUCAAUGGAGAGGAGUCUUCUGCAGAUGUGUUGCAGCUAGGUGAGGCAGAUAUGUUCUCAGUCACAAUUCUUCCCACUGUCAACACACAGAAUAAUAACCAAGACCACACACCUUCUACAGCAAUGAGUGCUGAGUCUUCCAUAGCAAGUGAAUUGUCAAACACGGGAGAAACACCUAUUAGAAGAGAUACUCUGAUCUCUCCAACUGUACAGACACAGGUGUGGGAUCAUAGUGAUUUGAGGAAAGAUGAUCCAUCCGGAGGGCGAAAAGGCAUUGUUAGCUUCACCCAAGACCCUUCAAAUGAAGAAGUAACGAGCAGUUUGCCUUAUCCAUUAUCCUCUGUGGAACUAUCACCUAAAGCACCUGUCCCUGCAAAAACUGAAAGUUUAGGAACAAAUUUACAUCAGAUAAGUAUGAAUAAGCUGCAUCAUGCUAUAAAACAUCCCACACACUCUCAAACUGAAAACUACAUUAAUUCAAUAGCCUCUACUACUAUUUUUGCUUCUGUAGCUACAGAGAGUGGUAGUAUAGAGCACCAGCAAGGAAGAAUUUCUUCUGACCUUUUCAGGGUUUCUGAAGGUAUAAUACUUGAAGAAACAGAUGCUCAAAAACCCAAAGACACUUUUCUUGUAGAAAGUACCACUGCUCCGCUUAACAAGAACGGCCAAACAAUGACUGCUUCUGCCAGGAACAAAUUGACGACAGUGACCAUGAUUACAAGCAAAACAACUACCUCUAACUCACAGGUCAUCCAGCAUCCCAGAAGGCGACCAUAUGGGAGAAGGAGAUUAAGACCAAAUAGGUUCAGAAGACCAAAACUUAUCCCUCCUACUGCCUUCACCAUAGAAGAGACACCUUUUAUUAGAAAAAUAUCUAAAACGGAAGCUGCUACCCAAAGUUUGCAGAGUUCCAUUUUUAAAGGUCAUCAUAAAUCUGAUGCUGAAACACAACAUGGAAAUGAAUAUAAGCCUCCGGAAGGAAGUUCUCUACUAGCUACAAGUACUGCUGCCUUAAGGAAGUCUACUGGGGCCCAAGACACAGAAGAAGCUUCAUUUCUUCAUCUUUCUACUUUGCCACCUAAAAUACCUGUAACUCUUUCCAAUGCUGCCAAGGACUGGAAAAGUCACAUGGUGACAACACCAACACCGGAUUCUCUAACUACAGCCCCUGGUAGACAACCACAUUUGUCUCACAGCUCAGGACAUAUGCUUACAACAUCUGCAGGCAAUGAAUUCAUCGAAGUCUUGGGAGGUAAUACUGCUUCAGCAAAUAACCAAGUUAGAAACACUCCUACAACAAGCAUUUCAGUAUCUCUAGAAAGUAUCACUAGACCAGUGUCACUUUCUGAGCUUAGUUUCUCAAAGAUUCCAGAAUUCAAAGAAGAAGCUUUUCUUACUGGCUCAUCAGCUUCAAGCAAUGAAGUUGACCUAAGGGUAGCUCAGUCAAGAACUUCCCUGGUACAGCGCUUGAGUACUGCUGAUGGCAUUGGGGAACACUUUAAGGAUCCCCCAACUGUAGAUGAACAGGAGAAAUUUUCAGACUCUCUAAAGAUAAGUACAGUGGCAACAUCUCAUCAAGGAGAAAUACUGACUUCAUCUCACCAUGGUACAGCGGGUGAUCACAUUUUCACACCUGCAAAAACUAAACAAGUGAUCAGUCCUUGGCAUAAUAAAACACUUAUACCACCAUCUUCAAGGCACACAAAGGGAAGUAUUACUCAGCUGCAUGAUCGUCAUGAUCAGACUAAUGCAUAUAGAACUGGGGAAAACUAUCCCCCAGUAUUACCCAUUCCAUCUGCACCAUUAGCCACUACUCUUCCUCCAUCAAAGCCAAGCACUCCUAAUUUGUCUACAAAAGAAAACGACACAUCUGGUCAACUAGCACUUCCGGACAUCAAAAGAUUCAGUCUCGGCCCACGACAGAAUGAACUUUCCACCACCCAUUCAAACUACAACAGAAUAACCUCACAACAAAAGCAACCGAAAGAACCAUAUGGUGGUAGGAGAUACAAUACACUGAAUCCAAAUAUUCCCAACCAGCCAAUUGGCAUUAUACCCAUUUUUAAUCAGGCACCUGCUUUUGCACCUCCAAAACAGAUCCCUGCAAGAGGGACCAUGAGACCCCCAUAUCUCAUUGCACCAGGUCUGUAUCACCAUUUUGUAACUCACCAGGCCCCCCUUCACUAUACCAAUAAGCCAGAAAUUACAGCUUACGCAGCACAUACCACACAGGACAGAAGAACCCCUUCUCCUCAUACAGAGACCUUUCCCACCACACCUGUUGCUCCAUUAUACAGACCUAAGUUGCAGACCCCCAGCAGAUUUGGCAACCAGGGAGAAAACAGACUCAACAGCCACUCCAGAGUUUUUGCCAGUAACUACCUUCCUGACACCAGAGACAAGCCUGGAAGAACAAUAAAUCAAGCUGUACCCUAUCUCCCCAAUUCCAGAAUACCAUUCCUGUUGAACAGAACUAGGGUAUUCCAACAAUUGGGAGUAAACCCUAAACCUAUAGUGCCGAAUCCGCUUUACCCAGUUAGCACAACCGAGAAGAAAUUUGUCUCUCCAACCAGGGUGAUCACACAAAGCACUCCUCUAAGGGCUGCAGCUACCCCAGGGCCUCCUGUGCCCCUUGAUACUACACUGCCAUCUGAGAGUACUGCUCCUAGCAUUAAGCCACAAGGGACUUCCUCCAGAAACAUCCCCUACAAUAAUCCUAAUGUGUUAUUUGUGCCUAAAAUUGGAGGAGUGAAGGCACUUAAUUCCAGCAUAAUCCAUUCUUCAGCACAUUUCAAGAUACAAGGAGAGAGGCCUAAGAUUAUAACAAAUGGACCUAACAGUCUAUCCAUCCUUGCUGAAUCAGAUGCUGUUAUCCCAUGUGAUGCCAUGGGAGAACCCAAGCCUUUCCUUUCUUGGACAAAAGUAUCCACCGGAGCUGUCAUGACAACCAAUACAAGGAUACAACGAUUUGAAGUCUUGAAAAACGGUACAUUCCUCAUUCGCAAUGUUCAGCUUCAGGACCGUGGACAGUAUUUGUGCACUGCUCAGAACCUGCACGGUGUUGAUAAAAUGAUCGUCUCGAUGACCGUCUUAGCUCAGCAGCCCAAAAUGCUGGGUUCCCGCUUCAGAGAUGUGACUGUUUAUUUUGGAGAAAAAGUGAGCAUGGAGUGCCAAGCCAAUGGCAUUCCAAGUCCCCAUAUUUCUUGGAUUUUUCCCGACAGGAAAAUAUUACAAGCUGUGAGCACUACAGAGGGAAGAGUGACGCUGUAUGAAAAUCGAACCUUGUCCCUCAAGGACACUAACUUCUCGGAUCGUGGAGUAUAUAAGUGUAUAGCCAGCAACGCUGCAGGAACCGACAGCCUUGCCGUGAGGCUUCACAUCGCUGCCUUGCCGCCUAUUAUCCAGCAAGAGAAACAGGAAAACAUUACCCUCAGCGUGGGGCAGAACAUUAACAUUCACUGUAGUGCCAAAGCAGCUCCUCUGCCUGGCAUCCGCUGGGUGCUUUUUGAUGGAACCCAGAUCCGCACUUCCCAGUUUGUCCGCGGCAAUCUGUUUGUUUUUCCAAAUGGAACUCUUUACAUACGUAACGUCUCUCCCAAAGACAGCGGGAGCUACGAAUGCAUUGCAGCCAACAUGGUUGGGGCUGCCAGGAGAACUGUAUGGCUGCAUGUCAGAAAGCAGUCCACAAAUGCCAAGAUUACGGGGAGCUCUCCUCAGAGAACAGAUGUGACCUAUGGCAGCACCCUGAGACUGGACUGCAGCGCAUCUGGGGACCCCUGGCCACGGAUUCUCUGGAGGCUGCCUUCAAAAAGGAUGGUGGAUUCUCUACAAAGUUUGGACAGCAGAAUCAAGGUAUUUGGCAACGGAACUUUGGUUGUUCAUUCCAUCACUGAAAAGGAUGCAGGGGACUAUCUGUGUGUGGCCCGCAACAAGAUUGGAGAUGAUUACGUGGUUCUUAAAGUGAAUGUAAUGAUGAAGCCUGCCAAAAUCGAACACAAGAAUGAGAACAACCACAAGGUGAUGUACGGAGGCGACCUGAAAGUUGACUGUGUAGCUACAGGUCUGCCGAACCCUGAGAUCUCCUGGGGCCUUCCAGAUGGCAGCAUGAUCAAUACCCUCAUGCUAGCAGAUGACAGUGGGAGCCGAACAAAGAGAUAUGUCGUAUUCAACAAUGGGACACUGUACUUCAAUGACGUGGGGCUGAGAGAAGAGGGGGACUACACCUGCUACGCCGAAAACCAGAUUGGUAAAGAUGAGAUGAAAGUGCGGGUCAAAGUAGUGGCCGAACCUGCAACAAUUAGGAAUAAAACCUACUUGGCUCUCAACAUCCCAUAUGGAGAUGUGGUAUCUGUAGGAUGUGAAGCAAAAGGAGAGCCCACACCCAAAGUGAUGUGGUUGUCUCCAAGCAACAGACCUAUCCCACUUUUGUCAGAUAAAUACCAGGUGUACAGAGAUGGGACGCUUCUCAUACAGAAGGCCCAAAGAUCUGACAGUGGCAACUACACAUGUGUAGCCCGGAAUAGUGCUGGGGAAGACCGGAAAGUUGUCUUGAUCCAUGUCAAUGUUCAACCUCCAAAAAUAAACGGGCACCCCAGUGCCAUCACCUCAGUGAGAGAAAUGGCCCUGAGGGACAGCCGAAAGCUCAUUGACUGUAAAGCUGAAGGCAUCCCAACUCCACGGGUCAUGUGGGCUUUCCCAGAAGGAGUGAUCCUGCCUGCUCCCUAUUAUGGGAACAGAAUUACUGUGCACCGCAAUGGCACACUAGACAUCCGAGGAGUGAGACAGACAGACUCGGUGCAGUUGGUGUGCAUUGGCAGGAAUGAAGGGGGAGAGGGCAGGCUGAUUGUGCAGCUGCAGGUCAUGGACCAUGUGGAAAAGCCAGCCUUUCGGGAUCCAGUCACUGAAAGGAUCACUGCGGCAGCAGGACACAGUAUCAAUCUGAACUGCUCAGUGCAUGGGACUCCUCAACCUGCCACAGCCUGGAUCCUUCCCAAUGGCACCGAGCUGCAGAAGAGCAGCCAUUUGCACCGAUUCUACCACAAGAGGGAUGGAAUAUUACACAUAAGUGCCUUGUCUGCGGCAGAUGCUGGGACUUACCGCUGCACAGCCAGGAACCCAGGUGGUUAUGCAGAAAGGGUGGUCUUCCUCAAAGUGGGGUUGAAACCGGAAAUCAGCAAUCAGUAUAACAACUUAGUGAGCAUCAUCAACGGGGAGACCCUGCACCUUCACUGCAUCACCCAGCCCAGCCAGCAAGCUCGCAUAACCUGGACUCUACCCAAUGGGAUGGUGUUAGAUGGUCCCCAGGCUGUUGGGCGAUUUUCCCUGUUAGAGAAUGGCUCUCUCACAGUGCGUGAAGCAUCCGUGUUUGACAGAGGUACUUACCUGUGCAAGGUGACGACCGAGUAUGGCUCUUCCCUUAUGAACGUCCCAGUGAUUGUGAUAGCCUACCCACCCCGGAUCACAAGCGAGCCAGCUCCCAUCAUUUACGCAAGGCCAGGCAAUACAGUGAAGCUGAGCUGCAUGGCCAUUGGGAUCCCUAAAGCAGAAAUAACGUGGGAUCUCCCAGACAAAUCGCAUCUGACAACAGGAGCUCAAUCCCGUCUGUAUGGAAACAAAUUCCUUCACCCUCAGGGCUCAUUAAUCAUCCAGCAGGCUACACAAAAGGACGCAGGCUUCUACAAAUGCACUGCUAAAAAUAUACUAGGCAGUGAUUCAAAAGCAACCUACAUACACAUAUUCUAAAGUUUUUUAAAAAUGCCUUUGAAUACACAAAAAUAUCCAAAGUCCCUGCCAAGUGAGCACAGCUAGGAAAAUACAGUUGCUAAAUGAAAACAGUUGUACUGAGAGAAGAACAGGGUUGUGCCAGAAAUGGUGGAUCACAGCUUUACCUUCAUGAAAUUCCAAAAUACUACUCAGGCAGGUAGCAAAUCUGAGAAGCCAUCUACACUCUCUCCGUGAUGUAAGAGGGCUUCUUGCCACUUGUCUGAGACUAGACCUAGGGGGCUGCGGAUUUAAUAGCCCACAAUCUUUCAUCUCAAUGUGGUGAACUUUAAGCAUUUUUUCAGUUUUGCUUUUGAUUUAGAGCAGUGUGCUUGAAUCCUGCCAUAUACCUAUCUGGGGUAUAUAGUGCAAUUCAGCCAAAGUUAAGUACUUUCAGGACUCAUUGAUUUCAGUGGAAGAGUUAACCACUGUGAUCAGUGGAACCUAAUAAGUGGCUGGAUUGUGUAGCCCAACCUUAAGGUCAGGAAUGGGGAACCCCACUGUUGGACUCAGCACUGCUCAUUGGCCCCAGCCAGCACAGUCGGAAAUGAUGAGAGGUAUAACUCAAGAACAUCUAGGGGGCCACGGAGCAGGUGGGGAACCUAUAACCCUCCACAUGUUGUUGGAGUGUAACUCCCAUCAUCCCUGACCACUGAAUUCCCCUGUCAAGUUCUUCUCUCCUGGAUAACUUAUCAGAACACUUACCCUAUUGUGAGUUUCCUACUCAUUGGGUGGUAUUGGGGAAGAGGAAAAAUACUUGAUCCAGGAAUGCUAUUCUCAGAAGCAGUCUUGUAGGGCAUGUAACAAGGAAUUCUGUCCUAAGUAUAGCAUUAGCUUGACAAAUUAAUAUUUUCACACCUUGUGCUAUCUAAAAACUCCAGUGGCAGGAAUGGGAAACGUCUGGCCCAUCAAUCGUUGGACUCCAACUCCCAUCAGCCCUGGGCAGCAUGGGAGUUGUAGUCCAGCAACACCUAAAGGACCACAUGUUCCCUUUCCAUGCCCUGUGGCUUUAUUUUGAGGGAAGGGAGAAAAUCGGAACAUAAAUGUGCAUCUUUUUCAAGAAAGCUCAAACUGAGAGAAACAUGUUGAUAAUUCUUCUUACCCCAAUCAUUUUUGGUUCUGCCUAUGAUGUAAAGUACUAUGACCACUGAUAGUGCAAAUCUGUUCCUUUAUGCAACAUGCACCUUAAAAUAUACCAAAGUAGUAUUAAAUAUAACAAAAGAGCUGAUGCAAGAGAAGUUAUUUCAUUAUUCUUUUUGUUGGACACAAAAUUAUUUCCAUAAUCCCCUGCAACGCUUUGGACAUAGCCAAGCCUUUAUAGAAUAUGAUUACUAACUUACUCUCUACCCAUUCUUCUAUCAGCUCUCUGGGAUCAACUCUUAAGUUAGCAACAACCCUGAUUUUAUUCCACCACAGCACAGCAAUAAUUACUGUAACAAUGCAAAUGCCUCACAGCGAGGGACUCCCUGGCUGAAUUCAGUCCUUCUGUAUUUUGUAUGAUGUUUGUUUCAGACUAUGAGACUGGAAGAAUACAGUGACCUGUGUCUCAGUGUAUAAAUUAUUGGUCUUUACAAGACUCUGAUACUUCUACUGUGUUUUAUAUAAAUAUUAAGAUCAGUAUACUGUAUGUUUUAUAAUAAAAAAAUAUU